UACAAAGGUAAAAUGUACCUUUCUAAAAUGUACUGUUUUAAUCUUAUUAACUGAGCCGGGGUUAGGCUAUUAGCUUGAUUACCAUUAAAUAUAUCUUUUUGUAUCAAUACUCUGUCCAAAUUAAACUAUUAUUCCUUUUGUGCUUGGGGCGACAAACUUUGUUUAAUCUAUUUGCAGAUUUCAUAUUGCUGACCUAAGUCUGUGAAAGCAGUAGCUCAACAAAAGGGGGUGGGAAAAAAGAAGUCUCUCCCUGAGGAAAACACUCCGGUCUCUAAGUGAGCAGUAAAUCUGGCACUUAGCAGUGGUAGUGCGUGUGAAUUUGAGCGUGUAAAUGUAGUGAGCGUCGCCUAGUCCAUAGCCUCCAGAGCUGUCAAAUGUUGCCUUGCUCCACAACAUCCGUAACCCGUGACCCUCGUAACUCCUGUUAUGUUCUCGGCUCUCCAGGCCCCUCAGAUUUCCCUCCAUUGGUCCCAGAUGACAGAUACCCCUGUCGUCCUAGUUCCUCCAAACUGCCCCGGUAGCCUUUGACCUCGCCCGGCACCUCUGCCUCUGCGAACGCUGCCCUCGCAUUCCAGCCUAAGAAGCUGAAACCUGAGCCUGCGGUGAGCUCAUCACCAGGGCCGCGGAACCCAGAGUUAAGCGAUACAAAAAAAAAAAAAAAUGGAGAAAAACCUGAGAGAGAAGAAGGGGGUGAGGCAGCCGUCGGGAGUGGGACAGGUCUGGAACUGGUUCUGUGCGCCUUCCUGCCUGCCUGCAGGACCUCGAAGGAGGUCGAGUUACACCGAGGAAAGCAAGGAGCAAAGAGGAAGAAGCGUCUUUGAAUUCUCCCUGCCUUUGUUUUUCUUUUUUUUGUCCGUCUUGUUUCUUCUCCGUUGUGGCCUGACCGACCGAGCGGCUUCCUCUGAACUCACGGCGGCAGGAACCCACCGCACUCCGUCUGGGCUUUCAAGUUAGCGAGACCGGCCGCUCUCUUCCUCGUGCCUGGGAUGUGAGCGUAAACGCCGUGGGGUCGCGCUCUCCGUUCUCUCAGCGCCUCUGUUCUCCCUCUGACCCUGCCAUGACCACCAAGUGACCGAAGAUGGUCGCUGGAUCCAAAUGCCGCCCCCUGUGGGCUCUGCGGUGGUCUGGGACCAGCAGUGUGUGACGGACAGGCGAGCGAAGCCUGUGGCGGCCUUCUCCUGCGAAUCUUCAAAUUGGCCCUGGCUGAGCUCUUUGUGGAGCGGCGAGUGAAGGGUCCCACCAUUGUUUGACGUCUCAGCAUGGAUGGAGCCGCCACCGUGAAUGAGGCCGUAGCUCUUCAGCUGAGGACUAUUUACGGGAUUACUGUCUUUGUUCCCAACUAACGGUAAAUUGUUGGUAGACUCUCCUUUGGUGGACAUUUUUGCAGGGUCUGGGUUUUUUUUUUUUUUUUUUUUUUGGUGGAUACCAAAAUUGCCCUUUUUUGGGAGGGGGAUAUAUAUAUAUUUUAUUUUUGGUUUUCCUUUUUUUGGCUUUCCACUAUGGAGUUUCUUUCUGGACCGUGGAAUAAAGAUUGGGCAUCAUUUCUGCAGUUUUGGUUGACUGUCAUCCUUAGCCUUCACAUGCAGUUCAGCCCAAUUGCUUCUUGCCCCCAAGUGUGCCGUUGUGACAAAGCGUUUAUAUACUGCAACGAACGCAGCCUGACAUCAGUGCCUCUGGGGAUAGGGGAGGGCUACAGCAUCCUCUACCUACAUAACAACCAGAUCAACAAUGCCGGCUUCCCUAUGGAAUUUCACAAUCUAGAAUCCAUAGAAGUUGUUUAUCUGUACGGCAACCAGCUGGAUGAAUUCCCCAUAAAUCUGCCCAAAAACACAAAAGUCCUGCAUCUUCAGGAAAACAACAUCCAAACAAUCUCCAGAGCAGCCUUGGCUCAGCUGAGUAAACUUGAGGAAUUGCACCUUGAUGAUAACUCCAUCUCUACAGUGGGGGUGGAGGAAGGGGCCUUUAGGGAGGCGCAAAGCCUUAAGCUCCUUUUCCUUACCAAGAACCACUUAAGCAGUGUUCCUAUUGGCCUUCCUGAGGACCUGAAGGAGCUGCGGUUGGAUGAGAACCGCAUAGCUGUUAUUGCAGAGGAGGCCUUUCAGAAUGUGACGCGCCUGCAGCGCCUCCUGCUGGACGGGAACCUACUGACGGACGAGGGCAUAGCGCCAGGGACUUUCAGGGACCUGGGCUCUCUCCGAGAGCUGGCUCUGGCUAGGAAUUCCCUCACCUUUCCCCCACCCCUCUUACCCAGCCAGUCUCUGAUCAAGCUCAGUCUGCAGGAGAACCUGAUCGACCAGAUCCCUGUGGCGGCCUUUGCCGACCUAAACAGGCUAGAAAGACUGGAUAUUUCCUCCAACCAGCUGCAGACUCUUACACACGGAGUGUUCGAUGGCCUGUCGAGCCUAAAGCACCUCGUGGUGCGCAGCAACCCCUGGCGUUGUGACUGCUCUGUCAAGUGGGUGGUGGUGUGGCUCAAGUCAUUGCCGUCCUCCAUCAACGCCAGGGGGUUUGUGUGUAACAGUCCAGAGAAGGUGCGAGGCAUGACAAUCAGAGAGCUCACGCUGGAUAUUAUUGAGUGCCCUAUUUUCCCUGACCAAACGCCCUGGCCCACUCUCCGCUCCACACCCCCUCCUCCACCCACCACCGCCCCUAUCACAACUAUGAUUUCCACCCUCAUCACCACAUCUAACCCUUACUACUUCGACUCCCCCUCUCCUCCCUUACCACCCAUCCAUAAUAACCCCCCUGGGCCACUUCCCCCCUAUGAGGAUCCCCUUCAGAUCUCCUUCCAUGUGGUCAACUCCACCAACAUCGAGGUGAGCUGGGCGUCCUAUUUCACCGUCACAGCUUACAAAGUCACUUGGGUCAAAAGUAGCCAAAGGCAAAACGAAGGGAUGCGGGAGAGGACGGUGAGCGGGGAUCGGCGCCACCUAAGCCUCACUGACCUCGAGCCCCGCUCGGUGUAUCGGAUCUGCGUUCACGUUCUGGACACCCUGAACUCCUACAGGCCAGGAGAGGAUACUAUCUGCUCCGACGCCAGGACCAAGGCGCCCGCUUCCACUAAGCCUCCCGGACGCGAGCAAGCCCCACAGGACACCUUGAACUCCACGCUGCUCAUGGCUGGGAUUAUAGGCGGAGCGGUCCUCAUCAUCCUGGUGACGCUGCUGGGCUUGUUCUGCUGGCACAUGCACCGGAAGAGCCGGUCGUCCUCGACCAAGUGGAAAUACAACCGCGGGCGGAGAAAAGACGACUACUGCGAGGCGGGAACCAAGAAGGACAACUCCAUCCUGGAGAUGACUGAGACCAGUUUCCAGAUAGUGGCUCUGAACAAUGAGCAGCUGCUCAAGGGAGACUUCCGGAUCCAGCCCAUUUACACGCCCAACGGGGGCAUUGGAUUUAGAGACUGUCACCUCAGCAACAACAGCAUAGCCUACUGCAAGAGCAGCAACGUGCCCAGUACAGAGUUCUGCCACACGUGAUGCAGUGCUCGGACGGACACGGACCAGAAACAACUGCUUAAAUACACACUGUUUGUGUAGAUGACAUCUAAAAAAAAAAUAUAUACAAAAAUUCUAGUGAAAUAUAACUGUACCAUAUAUAUUUCCAAGAUCUGUCUACAAUGUAAUUUAUACUGUGGAUAAUAAUGUGGGAUUCUCUGCUAUCUUUUUUAUUCUUAGAAAAAAAGAGACACAAGUGGGGUUUUUUUUCUUCUUCUUUUGUUCUUUUUCUUUAUAACCAGCAGGGUUUUGAAAGUCGUUUCAAUGGUCAGUACUGUACACGAACAUAGGUUUGUACAAUCACGGCAUCCUGGUGUAACUCCUGACAGACAAAUAUAGCGUCAGCCUCGGAAACGAAAGGGCCGCUCCAGAGGGCUGGGAUCCUUUGCUAACCACAAAAACAAAAUAUGACCUUUUCUGGUUAUUAUCCUCACAACUCUAAAAACGAUUAUUCCCUUCCACCCCAGUCACUCCCCGGUAAAACAGAGCAAGGAGAAUUGAAGCACUGCUGAUUAGUGUUGUAAAAUUUAUAUAUAUAUAUUGAACAGCAGCCGGGCAGGAAGUGAGUAGAGGGUAGAGAUGAUGGAAUUGUGGAUGGAGAAUGUCAAACUUGAGUAUUUGUUGAAAUUUUCCCAAAAGUGCCACACGAUAAUAAAAAGCGUCUUUGUUCUGUUGCUUCACAGAGGAGGUUAGAAUAGUCGUGACACAAACAAAAAGUCUAGAAAAGGAUGUGCAGUUUUCAGCAAAAAAUAAUUAAUGUGGGCUUAGAAGCAACAAAGGAUUGUUGUCUCUAACGAGGAGACUUGAAGCUCCUUUCUAAUUGUAAUGUGCUCUUAUCCUGUCCUUUUCUUGGCCUCAUCUUUUGGCCACAAGGGGGCAGGUUUUCCUUCAACUGUGUGUGGGGGUGUGUGUGUGUGUGUGGGACCAAGUAAUGGUAGAGCGGCCAGAGAGAUCACUUUACCUCCACCGUUCUCCCCAGAGCCUUUUGCCCAGACAGCAUUACUCACGCUCAAGCAGCACAGCCACGCUCAUCGAGCUACUUAAUGACACGGAAGCGUUUAAAACUAACAGUGUUUUCAGUGUUUGGUGGCUAAAUGAUAUGGAUUUUCAGCUACAGCAUAAAGAUUCCUCUGAGAUUGUAGAAAGAAAGAAAGACGGGGGGGGGAGAGUGAUGAAUUUGGAGGUGGCGCACACAUAACGCUAAUUAUACACCCACAUAUUUCAUCCUUGUCCCGGCGUUUAUUAGACAUAGUGAUGAAUUAGAAAAUGACUUUGAGAUCACGCUCCGCCCAUGAUCACGCCGAGCACUUCGCCUAGCUCAUCAUUAUUUAUCUCUUUGUCCCCACCCUUCCUUCCCCCCCUUUGCUCGUCUCAAACGUUUGCACCUGCUCUCUUUAGGGCGACAGUAGCUGGGAGGAUGAUUCGCACUCUGUCCAACCCGAUUUACCCUCCAUUUCUAGGCCGCAUUGCUCUUGAUCCCUGCAUGGGCUCAAUUAAAACCCUCUUCCUGCCCUCCGGCUCAGACGCUGCAGCAGCAGCAGCAGCCCUUCAACGUGCGAGAGGUCUCCAUUUAUGCACUUCUUAGGACUCCAUUUGAUCUGACACAAUUUGAUUUUAAGGCGGCCAAGCUUAAAGAAUUCCCGCCCACCUCUUUCCUCGUAAUCCUACCAAAAAAGGAAGAAAAAUAUGUCAACCUUAUUUUCACUUGGCCGCAUGAAGCCCGCUCUAGAUGAAAACAGUCUUUAACUCUUUGCGAGGCUCCACAGACGGUAGGAAACGUUUAGAGCGGAAAGCGUUCCAGAUUGGUUCUUUUCCAAAAUCUGAAAAUUUAGUUGGUUUUGAUUUUAAUUCCAGCCGUGAUUUACUUGUCAUAAGGCAUCCCAAACCCUACUGCUAAAUAAUGGAUCAACAUAGAAACAGCAAAUAGACACUAUGAUAAAAACCGUUUGACAAUUAGCAAACGAUGACUGUUUUUCUAUUUGUUUUGAAAUUGAAGUUAAUUUCUUAAGAGUGACGAGUCCAUUUCCAUCAGAAAGGAUUAGAUUUUUUAUAAAAACACCACAUCAAGUUGUAACACCAGCAGCAUUGACAGUAGCUACUACGCAAAGACUCUUGUCAAAACAACAAAUUAACAGAUUGUUGCUACGACCUCACAAUUUUCAAGUCGGAUUUAGAAGUUGGUUCCUUUUUUUUCUGACAAAUUAUUUGCUUUGACUGUUUUAUAGUAAAACGUUUCAAGAAUUACUUGAUCAUGUUUCCUGAUAAUCCGACCAAAAAAAAAAAAAACAGGAGAAAAAUCUGCAGCGCUGGAUGAAGCUCCCCCUAGAAGAUUAACUUUAGUCGUUGGAAGAAAUUUUACAGAGCAGGUGAACUUUUGAAGCAGAAGAAAAAACAACACGCUUGUUCCAGAUCACGGAGAUAAUCGGUGGAAAGUAUUUAUCCUCAAGAGUUUUGCAAAAUUAGCUUCACUUGUUAGUAAUUCCAGCAGCGGUUGAGGAUGUUUUUAGCAAAUUAUAUUUUGCACAUAUCAAGUUAUUUUCUAUGUCAGCCCUGGUAGAUUUCUAUGUUAGAUCAGCUUUAAAACCUGCCGGGAAACAAAACAGACGUCUUAAGAGAACAAAAUAACAGAAAAUGAGUAUCAACAUUGGGAGAAAAAAAAAAAAAGCAAAACAAGUCAGCUGGUUUCAUUAUUUGUUUUAUGGAAAAAUGUAUAAUUAGUGGAAAAGUUAUUUAUUUUUACAUUGUAGUCGUCAAACCCUUUUUUCUAACUACUGGGAAAAGCUGUACGUUGGAAGGUUUUUGUUAAUUGCCUCACAUCUUCUAACAGCGUUCCAGUCGCAAAUCAUAAACCAGAAGCGAUUAGCCAACUGCUGCGCUGACUGACCGGACUAUAGUUUUCACAUUACAAGCCAGUUCGAUAAUAUUUUAUGGCUCCAAACACCAAAGGGAACAUUUUUACAAAUACAGAUACUGACGUUGGAGCUGAUGUGAUCAAAUGCAACCAGUUACUGCGACUUUCACUAUGUUCUUCUUUCACUUAUUCCAGUCUGAGGUGGGAAAACUAGCUUAGCGCAUCACAAAUGUUAGAAAUGGGCAAGAGGUUAAAUUUAAAAAGAAAAUGAUCCUCUAGCUGAUUUGUCAACAAGCAUGAUUUAUAAUUGGUCUGAGUCAGGUCUUGCUUUGAUUUAAGCUCACCAACUGGCUGCUUGCCACUCAUGAGUUAUCAGUUUGGUCAUUAGUUUGGGAGUGAGGUAUGUUGUUUCAACUUUUCCUUUAAAUGUAACAUAGUCGGCGGUUCUGUGUGAAACAAAAUACCUAAAAUAAAAUGUAAAAAAACGGAGGUAUUCCAUUCUAAAAAGCCAACAAAAAUCAAAAUGGUAAAUUCUUGCUAUUUCAUUUUCCUGCCAAUUCAGCUGCCUUUUCAUAAACCCCUGGAGAAAAAGAAAGUAAUCAAUAGACAUUUCUAGAUUGUCACAGGAUAUGACCCUCAUUUGAUCUCAUUUUUUAAUUCCCUCUAUCCACAAACAAAAUCUAGCAAAAUAGUAUCAAAGCACAUGUCGGUUGUUGCAUUCAUUGGCCAAAAAUUGUGGGAAUUCUGAGGUUUGAUAGGUUAAAAGACUUUAAAAAAAAUCUAAUUAUUCAGUUAACUCUUUUGAUACGUUCAGAGUACAUUUGAAAAGUUUUUUUUUCAGUAACUCAGUUCACAAAGUGAAACCCAUUAGACAUAUUAGUUGCACAUAUGAAGCUGUUUUCAAACUUUUAUUUCUCUCAUUUAUGAUAUUUUCCACUUACAGCCAAUGAAAACAUGGCAUUUUUAAGUGUUUAAAUGGAUAUGCACCUAAAUCAUUAAGUGAUUGUAUAAAUAGACUGCAGGGCAACAGCAGAUCUACUAGAUCAGCUUCAAAUGGAAAUUGUAAGGUUCCCUUUCGAAGAACCACUUUUGCUCAAAGUGCUCUGUCCGUGAGAGGAUCUGCAGUUUGGAACUCACUUCCUGUUGAUUUAAAGUCUGUAACCAGUUUUAGUACGUUUAAGAAGCAAACAAAACUCUGGUUAUGUCAAAAACAGAACUGUACCCACUUUUGAUGUUUCAUGUUUCACUGUUUGUUCGAUUAUUACUUUAACUUUUAGAGGUAUUUUAAAAAAAAAAAAAAGCCCAUCUAGGGACAAGUGCUGCGAAUUAGCUGUUGCUAUUGCACUAUGACGUAAACAUGGGACUGCUGUUUUGUUCAGUUUGUCUAUGUCGCUGUAUGUCUGUCCCAACCAAAUAAACCAAUUAAAUUAAAUUUAAAGUUGGAAGAUAACGGCCCAAUGAAAAGGACAAGAAAACGUUCAGAUUUCAAUGUCCACAGUUCAGAAAUGUGGGCUUAGCAAAAAUAUGUUUCAUACCUUAUUUCAUAAGCUUAUUUUCAAAAUGUACUUUUAAUCUGACGAAGAAGCGUCAUUUGAUGCAUACUCUAAUUUAUUGCCAUCUACAGCCAAGUCACGCAAAAUUGUGUGAUUCUAAUAUUAAAAUAAAUUUGUUUUUAGUAUUAAAAAGAAACAAAAAAAAAGCAAUUUUCAAAACAUGUCACUGUUGUCAUAAUGUAAUAUCCACUACGGUUAAAUACAGGUAUUUUACCGUGAAUUAGGGAUUUUUUUUUGCAGUGUAGUAAUGCCUGCCUACUCCAUUGAUAGUUGAACGUCGCAUGUUUCUGCUGCUGUUAUCUUGUGGGCUGGAAAGUGAAAGGUUUGGGAAUCGGUUCACUAAGCAAAUAUUGUCCAAGUGGGACACGAUUAGAUGGGUUUAUCAUCAACUUCUGUGGUUACCACAGCCUCCCCAAUUUUUUAUUUCACCGUUUCUCUACGUCGUCUGCGUGCCAUUCCUCUCCCACUGUCCCACGCAGUGACCCGCCGCCAUGAACCUCUGUUUGCCCCGGCCUUUUUCAAACACAGAAGCCCCAUUUUGAAGCCACACGCUGGUCAAACAAGUCGGGUCGAAUCGUUGCCACAUAGCAUCUGCACCUGUCUGUGAAUGUUUAACGGAGACGGAUAUUUUUGCCUUACCUUUGUUUUGCUAGCUACAGAGAGCUAAAGGGGGUGAAAGAUGGGAAGAGACGUCAACAAGAAAUGCUGAAAGGAAAGCACAUUUCUCACAGAGCCCUAAGAGGCAGGCUAACUGUUAGCAUCAAGCGUACUAGCUAACCGAAGACGGUUCGUCCACCAUUUUGUGCCAAAAAAAUGAGCCCGAGCAGGCAGCGGUGGAGCUUUGGUUGUUUUACGUUUUCUCUUAACUUUCGCUGACAGAAUGUGGCGUCACUGUCAGGACCAACAGCUUAACAGAAAACCUUUCUGAGGAUCACAGUGUUCCCUUUUGUGUGUGUGGGUGUGUGUGCGUGUGUGUGCAGAGUGCCAGCAGGCAUAUUUUGGUCAGAAACCAGGAAUGGAAAAACGACAAACAAAAAAAGAUGAUUGGAUUUUUGUUGUAAAAUACAAAUAAAAUUAAGAUACAAAGUUUUACUUUCAUUUUUGUUAUUUUUGCAGCCCUCAACAGAUGAUAGAAAUCUGAAUGUCGCUUUGUCUCAUACAAACAAACUCACAGGCAAAGAGCAUAAAAAAAUUCUACCUUUUUUUCCCCCCCCCUGCCGCAGUCCAAGACGGACACAUCUGCAACCAUUUUUAUAUCUCAACAGUCGGGGUUUCCGCUACUUUUGUGUACCUCAAAGGAGUUAUGCUGCUUUUUUUUUUGACCAGAGAUUAAAUACAGUUGAAUAAAAGCAUACGAAAUAAACACAUUUCUAAAAUAUUAAGGCGUCUAGACAAAGAUGAUUGUUUUCGUCACAUAUUUUAGAGGCUGUGAGGCUAGCGAAAGUGAGAUGUAGAGCGUCAGAAGACGAGAAAACAAGCCAGCUGUUUUUUGGGCCUGUGCCUGUUUGGUAAAUUAAUGUUCCCAUAAAACGGUAAUGACAAAAAAAAAUACAUCAUUUGAUUAUUUUAGUUUUAAAAUGCAAAAAUAUUCAGUUCUUGGGGUCAAAAAUGGAUGAGUAGAAAUUUGAAUUUAGCCUACUUUAACAAAUUUAUUAGUGCUAUAAAUGAAGUGUGCCGGUUGUCCUGUUAGCAAACCACAUCUACCCCGACAGAAAAUAAAACAAGUGUAAAUUCCACACAAAACAUGAUGGUUGAAAUGAUAGAAUUUUCAUUGUAAAAAAAAACAAGCAAACAAUUUUUAUUCUAUUUUUUUCAUAUUGGUGCUUGUGACCUUAGGAGGUACCGUGUCUUAUGAACACCUCAAAGGUGACGCCACAAAUAUUUUUUCACCACAAAUAAUGAAUAAACAAAAUCAUACAAAGUGAAAACCUCCACAGCUUCAAUACGUUUGGAGAACGACAACAAUGGAUUUUUUUUAAAAAAAACAAUCCUCUGAAGCAUUUACUACUGCAACUUCAGAUAUGGAGGCUGUUUUUUUUUUUUUAUUUCCCUUUACCAGUGAAUUUUUAUUAUUUUAUAUAUUCAAGAAAUAUGUGCUCUUGUCCUUCUUUGACCCGAAAAAGAGCGACUGCUUGCAUUUCAAUUUAAUAUUCUACAUUUAAAAAUGCAAACAAAAACUUGUUCUUUUUUUUUUUUUUUUUUUUAGUUUGUCAUUAUUUCCAAAGAGAAAAUCCAAACAUUGCGACACACGUGAACGUCUGUACCGACUGUUUUUACAUUGUGGGGGGGCAAAGAAAAUCAUUUACAUCAUAGCUUUUAAGAAAAAAAAAAUAUAUAUAUAUUUUAAAUUGCACAUCAAUUUAAACCUCUCAAUAAUUUAGUUUUUCUGUGAAAAUUCAACAGCUGAAACAUGGAGAGACUGUUCACAUUAAAGCGUUUUUUUAAAUCAUUUUUUAAAUUCAGACAGAAACACAUGACUCUGGAUUCAUGUCAUCUUUUCUUCAUACUGACAAAACCUGUCCUCAAAACUAUUAGUCAGUGACAUUUUUUAGGUUUUUUUUUUUGUUGCAUGUUCUGUAUUUAGCUUCAUAGCCUUUCAUUUUGUUCUCUCACCAGGCUUUGGACUGGCCUUUUAUUUUUUUAUUUUUCCUCCGUCUCUCUGUUUUAAGGAAAUCCCCAGAGGUGGCUGAGCUGCAGUGUGAGCGAGCGUCCGCAGAACGCUUCGUGUGGUUUGGAGGACGCAGGCUGGGAAAAAAAACAAAAUAAAAUAAAAUACAUUUUUAUGCAGUGCAUGUAAAAUGGCUACGUUCGGGAAUACCGGCUUCUCAUUUAGACGCGGCAGUGUUACAUUAGCCAUCCACACCGAGACAUUUUUAGGAACCAAAGUUUAAAAAAAAAAAAAAAUUUUUUUUUUUUUUUUUUUUGUUCUCAUGAUGAAAUAUUGAUGUUGUUCCAUGUAUGUGCCUUGAGGUUGAACUUACAAUGUAAAGUCCUUGAAACCUUUAAAUGUUUUUGCACAAACUGUAAAUACUUAAGUGAAGCUUUUUGAGAAAUAAAAAGAGCCAUUGGAUUUAAACGAA